CGUACCACACACACACGCGCACGCACUAACCGGUAAGGAUAACGGCUGCUACAGAAUAUCGAGCUGCUGCUGAAGCAACUGCAGCGCUGUACUGCUGUGUUUUGUUGCAUUCCAGAUGUCAGAGACUAAUUGUCAUCAGUACCGCUGCUGAGGAUGUGUGUGAGUAUUUUGAUGCGAGUUCGGAUCGGAUGGAUUCAAUGAAAGGAAUAAUCCUACCGAGGAAAAACAUGACAGGCACCCUGUUCCCCUGACGAAUCACUGGGAUGCAAUCGUAGUUUGAGGCCGGACAGGAUUUUAAUAUCUGGAGUUGCUGUAGUGAAUGCGGGAUGGUGUGCGCCGCACCCCGAGAUAUAUUGAUAAGGAUAACACAGCUAUGUCCUUUGAUGCCUCUCAUCCGAUCCGAUUUUUUCAUUGACUGUGGCGCACAGUGAGCAUCUUGUUGUUUUUUUACUGGCUGGGACUGUUUGGGGUACCUUCGGUUGUGGAGGGAUUUUGCUGUUUUAUCUAAAGGGACAGACUGAACACUGUUGCUUUUGCCAAGAGAGGAGAACCAGGGCUGAGCUGCUCACCUGGUCAUUUCAACACACAAUAAUAACCUUUCAGCAUGGCGGAGAGGACACAGGAGCAGGGCUCGGUCAGCAUCCCCAUGGAGGAAACCAAAGUCCAUGGCGGUGCGCCUCCAGAGGUGCCACUGCUCACCCACUUAAAGAAAGUGGAGAACCACAUCACUGAGGCCCAGCGCUUUUCCCACCUCCCACGCCGCUCUGCUGUGGACUUGGAGUUCAAUGAACUCUCGCACACCAUCCGUGAGGGUCCCUGGUGGAGGAGGAGAGGUUACAAAGCCCUCCUCAAGUGUCUGUCGGGAAGGUUCAACAGCAGAGAGCUGAUUGGCAUCAUGGGGCCUUCUGGAGCCGGGAAGUCCACUCUGAUGAAUAUUCUGGCGGGGUACAGGGAGACGGGCAUGAAGGGCCAGAUCCUGGUGAACGGUCGACCGAGGGACCUGAGGACCUUCAGGAAGAUGUCGUGCUACAUCAUGCAGGAUGACAUGCUGCUGCCACACCUCACUGUGAGGGAGGCCAUGAUGGUUUCUGCCAAUCUUAAAUUGAACGAGAGCAUGCAAGUCAAAAAAGAACUUGUGGAUGAGAUCCUGACUGCUCUGGGUCUUCAGGAGUGUGCACAGACACGCACCAACUCUAUCUCUGGGGGCCAGUGUAAAAGACUGGCCAUCGCCCUCGAGCUGGUCAACAAUCCUCCUGUCAUGUUCUUUGAUGAGCCCACCAGUGGUUUGGACAGCGCAUCAUGCUUCCAGGUGGUUUCCCUUAUGAAGUCUCUGGCUCUGGGAGGGCGGACAAUCAUCUGCACUAUUCAUCAGCCCAGUGCCAAGCUCUUUGAGAUGUUUGACAAGCUGUACAUCCUCAGUCAGGGUCAGUGCAUAUACAAGGGCACAGUCCCUUACCUCAUCCCUUAUCUGAAGAACCUGGGCCUCCACUGCCCAACGUAUCACAAUCCUGCUGACUUCAUCAUUGAGGUGGCAUCAGGGGAAUAUGGGGAUCUGAAUCCAGUGCUGUUUGAGGCAGUCCAGGGUGGACUGUGCUCCGAGGAGGGCAAGAAGAACUCCAGAGACAAAAGUGACUCGUCCUGUCCCUCUCAAUGUCACAGUGACACAGGAACCCUUGAGAAACAUAGCUUUGCCACCAGUACAUUUACACAGUUCUGCAUCCUCUUCAAAAGAACCUUCAUUACGAUAUGCAGGGACACGGUGCUAACCCACCUCAGGGUGAUGUCCCAUAUAUGUAUUGGAGUGCUGAUUGGCUUGCUUUAUUUCAAGAUUGGAAAUGAUGCCAGCAGGGUCUUCAACAACACUGGCUUCCUCUUUUUCUCCAUGUUGUUCCUCAUGUUUGCUGCCCUGAUGCCCACCGUUCUAACCUUUCCCCUGGAGAUGUCCGUGUUUAUACGGGAACAUCUCAACUACUGGUACAGCCUGAAGGCAUAUUACUUGGCCAAAACAAUGGCCGACAUACCAUUCCAGGUGCUUUGUCCAAUCUUGUACUGUAGUAUAGUGUACUGGAUGACUGAACAGCCACCAGAGGCGACUCGCUACCUGCUCUUUAUGGCCUUGUCCACAUCCACGGCCCUGGUGGCCCAAUCCCUAGGUCUGCUUAUAGGGGCUGCAUCCACGUCUCUGCAGGUAGCAACCUUUGUGGGUCCAGUCACCGCCAUACCUGUGCUCCUCUUCUCUGGCUUCUUCGUCAAUUUUGACACCAUUCCUAAAUACCUACAGUGGAGCUCUUAUAUUUCCUAUGUCAGAUACGGCUUUGAGGGGGUAAUACUCUCCAUCUAUGGGAUGAACCGGUCGGAGCUGGAGUGUCCUGGUGUGGUGUGUAAGUUUCAAAAGCCGGAGGAGGUCCUGCAGCUGCUGGAUGUGGAAGAUGCAAAGCUCUACGUGGACUUCAUGGUGCUUGGGGUCUUCUUCCUGGUCCUUAGAUUGGCUACUUACCUGGUUCUGCGCUACAAAGUCAAGUCAGAGCGUUAACACGUUGAGAGGCUAAUGGAUUUAGAUGCUCUCACAUAUCCCAGCAGUGUGAGAUAGUAACUAAACAUAUUGCUUUUCUUUCUCUAUCUUUCUCUGACUUUACAUACAUGUACAAAGACAUACAUGAGUCCAGCACAUAAAAUCAUCAGAAAGCUGUGCUGCACCACCAAACUGUACAGUAUAAUAUUAUCUUUUAAACGGUUUGUUAUUCAAGAAAAAAGAGUGUUGUUCUACCCUGACUUCCUAUUAUUAGUUGUCCUUCUGGUAAUAGUAUUCUUUAGCUCACCAUUAUCUUCUAAAAAUAUUGUGUAUCUGCAUUAUACAUAAACCGAAUAGCCAUCAAAGUAACAGAAAGCAUGGGUCCUUAAAAUGAGCUAUGUAGACUUUUGGCAACUCCAAAAAAGGGCCACAUGAAUCAUCCAAAUUUACGGGGAGCCAUAGAAACCAUAUUUGUGCAGGAGUGUCCAUAGCUUGUAGCUUCUUAAUCCAAUGCCUAAAAAGAUGAAACAAAAUCCACAUCAGAAUCCUGUUAAUUGGACAAAACCCACCAAGAUGCCCCAGGAACAUGUUUUCAAGAUGGAUACCUUUUUAUUGCUACAAGGAAAAGUGGAAACAUCCAGUGCCGGAAAACGUUUGUGCGGCUUCCCACUUUCCUGUAGGAGCUUAUCAGGUAUCUUUACCAAGACGCUAAACAUGAUGGCUUUUCUUUAUGGAUCCUUUAUGAAUCCCCUGCCAGUGGAUGAGUUUCCCUGGUUUCCAUCUGCAGUGUGGAUCAAUUUUGCAGGACCUUCUACCUGACCUUUGAAGUGGUAGAACGUUAAGACGUGGAUGAGACGUUUGUAAAAAAGGUCAAGCAGUGUGUCUUAUACAAAGACUAAUAUGGAUGCACCCUGAGACAAUACCUGAUUCCUUACUUGCUCCCUUAUAUGUGCUAAUAUACCAAGGAAGCAUUCAGAAAGCAAGCAUGACUGCUGUUUCCAUCCCGAUGCAGAGGGCUGUUGCAGAGGAAGAAUGUUUUAGGUGAAGUGCAACAGCCAUUUCUGUGGAUAAAAAAAAGAAUAAUCUCUUGACACAGUUCUUUGAACUGCUUGUGUCCACUCGUUGUAUGUCGCUUUAGCUGCCUCCUCCCUGAGCUACUCUAUCCUUCUCUUCUUCUGCUUUGCUGAUGUCUGACAGAUGUGUGUUGUCUAAAACAAUGCUAGAUAUAUGAAAUGCUGGCUGGGCAGUUUUAGUGCCUCUGCAAUAGAAUGAUUUGAGUUUCCUCUGCUUUAUUGUUUGCACAUACACCUUAUGCCAACAAACAUGCUGAAACACACACACGCACACACACACACACACACACACACACACACACACGGCAAUGUUUAGAAGAGCCUUUCUUUGUUGCAGGGCAAUGCAAAUGUUUUCCAACAGACUUGCUAUAAAAUAUUUCUUACUUAAACUAUGCUACUUAGUAAUCCUUAUUAUAAUGCAUUAAAUAGUGCAGAGAAUAUAAUCAAUGAUUGUACAGUGAAUAUGUUAUGCUGUAAACAAAUUUGCACUUUUCAUUGUAUGUUGAUUCUAUUUUUAUUUAUUUGUAUUUUAUUUUAAUAUAUAGUAUCUAUGCGAUGCGAUGAGUGCUGCUUGAGAGUACAAUGGGGAAAAACAGCAACCGAAUGUUGCAUGUUCACAUCAGAAAUGACGUUCAUGAAAUUUUAAAUUUCAGAGUAAAGCGUGACAAUUUUUAUUUCCUCAUCCAAAUGUAUGUAUUCUGCCUUGUUUGAGGAGAUGCAAAUCCUCUAUUUUUCUGCUGAAAAAUGUUUAGAAUAUGCAUUGAAGUGCAUCGUUGCUGUAGAUUGCUGUAGGAGUGAGGAGGUGAUGUAGAAAUAUGUGAAUUGUGCUGGAAGGUAGAAGGUUUAACAACAGUCAACUAAAUGUAUCGUUGUGUAUGUUGGAGAUUGGCGGUCUCUUUAGGAACAAACUAGAUCAGAAAGCAGAUCAGUGAUCACUGGUCAGCAGGUGGAAUCCUGCACAGUCAGAAGGCUGUAGGUGGACAUUUGGAUUCUGUCAUUAAUAGCAAUAGCCCACAUUGAGUUGUUUAAUUGUUAUACCUCCCAAUGUCAUGAAUCAGUUCAUACGUUUUAUAGAAAGCUUGAUUUCAAUCAAUUUGUUCUUACCAGUUCAAUUAUCUGCAAUAAGCAUCCAAAUGGUGUUUUAAUUCUAUAACACCAAUUUCAUGAAGGGACAAUGUGACACCGCUUUUUAUUUUAAUUGUGUUUUUGUUGAUUCUAUUCAGUUACUAAUCUGGUGGACAUGUUUACUGGACGCCCCUCCUGAAGGAUUCAAUUGGAGGGACAGAAGCAGAAUAAUAAUGAAAUGUACUGUGGAUGGGUGCUGCUGGAUAAGAUAAAGCCACCGGGCAUCUUAAUGUCAAACCCCGUCAAGAUAAUUGGUUCUCAAUGUGUAGCACGGGAGAAAUACUGCAUUAAGCCAGUUUUACUGCCAGCACAGCAGAUAGGCUAUAUUUUAACCUUCCCCCAAUUAUAUCAAAAGACAUGAGUUGGUAGCAGACCUGCAGAUGUGACAUUGUAUCGUAAAAAAAA